CACAGCUAUUGCUUUCCGUGUUUUUUCGAUUUCGUUGGCACGGUGAUAAUUACAAAUCGUUUUUGAAUUGAGAGAUGCUUGACAAAGAUCAUAAUCAUAUGAAGGGCAUUCUUGAUCAAUACGAAGUUGUUGAAUGUUUGGGAAAAGGAUGUCAAGGAACAUCAUAUAAGUUGAGACGUCGAGAUAAUUUCGAAUAUUUUGUAUUAAAGAUGGUGAGAGAAAAUUUCACAUUCAGAAUCCUGGAAAAAGAUAGAGUGUAGAAGUCUAGACCAUGGAUAUUUAUUGUGUGAGGAGUUUUAUCAUAUUCAGAAGUUCAUACAUCCAUACUUAUCAAGAAUUUUAGAAAUUCAUAUGUCAAUGAACUCAGAAGUAUCCUUCAUUUUUUAUAUUACCUAUGUCAAGAACUCGGCAAUUUAUGUGUCUGUUAUCCGUAACUAUAUCGAUCUGCCAAGCUUAGACUCCAUAAUUAAAGACAACAUAGAAAAAUCUAGGUUGGAGUGGAAUUUAAUAUACCGAAUGUUUGGAAGCGUACUGACUGUUAUAACUUCACUGAAAAAAGCGAAUUGUGGCUCUAUGUAACUUGUUCAUAUGUUAACCCUUUUAAAGCUAUUUUCAUCCUGGUAAUAUUUUUCUCAGUGAGAAAGGAUUUUUUAUGACGGAUAUUUGGGGUCCAAAUCUGAUGAAGUAUUCUCGUGGAGUAGAUGUUUAUGUGCAAUGUGAAUUAGCCAUUGAAUGUCCUCCAGAUGAACUCCCACGGAGACGUUUACCCAGAUACAUUGAAUGGUGUGCUCCUGAAACAAGUCAGUUUGAAUUUACUGAUAAAUCUGAUGUAUGGACUUUGGGUUGUAUAAUCACUAUUCUAAUAUAUAUUAAACAUUUAUUCAAAAAUAAAGAGAUUUUAGCAGUUGAUCAACUCAAAGCAAGAGAAAAUAUAUUUCACCAUUUAUCGUCUACAGAAGAAUUAGAAACACACAAAGAAUUGUUUAAGUUACUUUCUCAAAUGAUGAAAAACAAUCCAUCUGAGCGUAUAAGCUUAAAUGAUCUUUUAGACGAUUUAUAUGUUCAAGUACUUUUGAAACAUACAAAUCCAGAAUUUAUUAUGAGAGCUAAACGAUGCAUUGUAACAGUAGCUGACAAACCGUUCCCAGUGAAUGAUACUAUGGAAGCAAAAAUCAAAUAUCUUCAUGUCAAUUGGCAACAUGAGAAUUGUAUUGAGAAAGCUGUUGUUUGGUUUGCAGAAAAUAUUCUGAAUGAUAAUCAUAUUAACUUAACACACAGAUUAUCAUCUCAUUUAUUUCAGCUAAUGUAUUUACAUCAAGCUAAUUUGUCAAUUAUUACAUCAUCUUUAAAGAUAAUAAUUCAUUCUGUUGAAAAUGAACAGUUAGAAUCUAUGUUAACAUGUUCAAAACAUCCUUGUGAAGAUGUUAGUAACCGAUCUUUUUCUUCUUCUUCGUCUUCAUCAUCAUCAUCAUCAUCUUUAUAUAAACUAUUAAAAGAAAGUAACCACUUUAAAAAGAUUUGUAAAAUAAACAAUUUAUAUCUUGUAUUAAUCAUAAUGCAAAACUAUUUACAACAUGUCAAUGUACAGAGAUUAGGCUUAAAAUUUUUCAAUUCACUUAUCCAUAGAAAUUAUUCUACAUUUAUUAAUUUAAAUAUAAUAAAUGAUUAUUUACAAAUAAAUAAUAAAAUAUUUAAAAAGCUUCAUACAAUUAAUUUAUGUCAUCAUUUGAUUGAAUUAUUAAAUUAUACAACUAAUAAAGAUAUAAUUAAAAUAGGUAUUAGUUAUUUAUGGAAAUUUUGUAUCUAUGAACCGAUUGCUCUACAAGCAGCCGAUAAAGGCGCAUUAUCUAUCACUGUGCAACUAAUGGAGUCUAAUCAUUUUGACAGUGAAAUUUUUGCUAAUGGUUCUAUGAUUAUUGUAUCUUUAUUACGUAUUGAUAAAAUUAAAAGGCAAAUUACAGAAUACAAUAAGUUAAUGUAUAUUCUACUGCAUGGUUUAAUUCAAUUUAAAAAUUUACCAAUAACUAUUUGGAAUAUAUGUCUAUGCUUACAAAUUGUGAUAUCUUUGUCUGAAUAUUUUGCUUUACAAUUUACUGAUGAAAUGGAAGAAGAUGAACCAAAGGACGAGAAGAAAAAUGGAUUUGAUAUAUUAUAUUUAAUUUAUAACAUACAUCCUGAUAAUACAACGAUUACUGAAGCACUACUUAAACCAAUCACAUCACUAAUGAAAUAUGACAUUUUUAAGAAAACAUUCCAACUGGUAAUGUAGAUAUUUUAAAACGGAAUACCUAGAUAUCACAGUGGAUCGCACAUUGUGUCAUUUGCCUCACAGUAAUCAACGAUGAGGAUAAUAGACUGGUUAUUGUUGAAAUCCAUAGUCUUAUAGAUAAUGCAAAGAAUCUGCUAAAUACAAUGGAAAACUGAAAUGCUUGAAAAUAAACAUUUUAAUUCUGUUUAAUAGAACAAAUAAUAAUUAUGCAAAUAAAUCUAUUUGUUU